AUGUAUGUCGUCUUUACAUCAGGAAGCACAGGAACUCCAAAAGGUGCCAUGAUCACCCACCAGAACCUUGCGUCGGCGAUGCAUUAUGAAAAAGAUCACUACCGACUUGACGAAACCUCACGCAUUUACAACUUUUCUUCCUACGGAUUUAUUGUUUCUGUUGUGAACAUGUUCAAUGCCAUUUGUUCAGGGGCUUGUAUAUGUAUUCCUCGGGAGGAGGACAGACGGAAUAAGCUAGCCGAUAGCAUCAAUUCCCUACGCGCCAACAUUAUACACCUUACGCCUUCUGCAGCGAAUGUGCUUGACCCUAAUGAGGUGCCUGGUAUUAACACUGUUGUCUUUUCUGGUGAAGGGCUUCACGCCGAUGCCAUUAAAAAGUGGUGGGGGAAGGUUCGUGUUCUGAAUGCAGAGUGUGCUCCAAGAGCAAUAAUCAACGAUAGCGCAACCACGCCAGCAGAGGUAACGCGCAUCGGAAGAGGCCAUGGACAAAAGACUUGGAUUGUAGAUCCUAGGGAUCAUAACAAGCUCGUGCCUUUUGGCUGUGUUGGAGAGCUGCUUCUUGAAGGCCCUCAGGUGGGACGGGGAUAUCUAGGUGAUCCAGAGAGAACCGCCGUCUCUUUCAUUCACGAUCCGGUAUGGCUGAUCAAAGGUCCUCCUGGUGGUGUUGGGAGAUCUGGGCGCCUUUACAAGACAGGAGAUUUGGUCCAAGCUGAUCAAAAUGGCAUGCUCACUCUGAUUGGGCGUAAAGAUGCCCAAGUCAAAAUCAGAGGACAGCGAGUCGAGCUCGGUGAAGUCGAGCACCACAUAUUGGAAUCCAUCGACGAAGCCGUGCAGGUUGUGGCCGAAGUUAUUGUGCCCAGCGGCGAUGGUGCCAGCCCAAUGCUAGCUGCGUUUCUGGUCCUGGACAAUGCCGCCGUUCACAACACUGUGCGUGCCGCCAAGAUACAUCACAUCACUGCUGAUUCUCAGAAAAGACUCAGAGAUAGCCUCCCAGUAUACAUGAUCCCAACAGUAUUAUUCUCCGUUGCUGUGAUGUCUAAGACAGUAACGAAUAAGAUCAACCGGCGACGACUUCGCGAGAUGGGCAGUGUCUACUCAGUACAAGAGCUAGCCGAGAUGCGAACCCAAGCUGGAGGGCCAAAGCGGGAGCCAAAGAAGCCCAUAGAGAAACACCUUCAUGUUUUGUGGAGCCGCAUUCUCAACCUCAAACCAUCAAGCAUUGGCCUUGGUGAUAGCUUCAUACAGCUCGGCGGUGAUUCUAUCUCGGCGAUGAAAGUUGCCAGCGAGAGACGUAAGAUAGGAAUUGACCUGUCUGUUGCCAUAAUCCUAAGCUACUCUACGCUGGAGGAGGUGGCGGCUCAAAGUCUUUACAUUGAGCAGGACAUGCUGGAGCCCGUCGAGCCAUUCAGCUUAUUGCCAAACGGUGAAAGUGUAUCUGGCCUUGUCAAACAAACGGCCAAGUUAUGUGAUACAGAAGAGUCCGCGAUACUAGACAUCUACCCUUGCACACCACUUCAAGAAGGACUAUUUUCCUUGGCGCUAGCCUCGAGCUUGGGAGAUUACGUUGCGCAGUACACUCUAGAAAUCUCAAAUGAAGUUGAGGUAGAGCGUCUCUGCGAUGCAUGGGCCACAGUUGUCGACUAG